AGCAUCACAUGACCACAGCAUCUCUAAGUCUCGACCAAACGACGUACAAGAUGAGCUUCUCAUCCCAUUCGGCAUGGAUGCCGCACGCCUCGUCCGUGUAUGUCUGCUGCACUACGCUGCCCACUUUGACCGUGGCAAACAGCGUGCUGUCGAUGAGCCCAGUGUUAUUCCACAUCUUUACUUUCGCUUCCUGAGAAAACACAUUGAGCAGCCGCGUGUGGAGGG